CUUCCAGGGGGGCCGCGGCCGGCGCCAUGCUGCGCCUGGGGCUGUGCGCCGCCGCGCUGCUGUGCGUGUGCCGGCCGGGCGCCGUGCGCGCCGACUGCUGGCUCAUCGAGGGCGACAAGGGGUACGUGUGGCUGGCCAUCUGCAGCCAGAACCAGCCGCCCUACGAGACCAUCCCGCAGCACAUCAACAGCACCGUGCACGACCUGCGGCUCAACGAGAACAAGCUCAAGGCCGUGCUCUACUCGUCGCUGAACCGCUUCGGGAACCUCACCGACCUCAACCUCACCAAGAACGAGAUCUCCUACAUCGAGGACGGCGCCUUCCUGGGCCAGUCGAGCCUGCAGGUGCUGCAGCUCGGCUACAACAAGCUCAGCAACCUGACCGAGGGCAUGCUGCGCGGCAUGGGCCGCCUGCAGUUCCUGUUCGUGCAGCACAACCUCAUCGAGGUGGUGACGCCCGCCGCCUUCUCCGAGUGCCCGAGCCUCAUCAGCAUCGACCUGUCCUCCAACCGCCUCAGCCGCCUGGACGGCGCCACCUUCGCCAGCCUGGCCAGCCUCAUGGUGUGCGAGCUGGCCGGCAACCCCUUCAACUGCGAGUGCGACCUCUUCGGCUUCCUCGCCUGGCUGGUGGUCUUCAACAACGUCACCAAGAACUACGACCGCCUGCAGUGCGAGUCGCCGCGCGAGUUCGCCGGCUACCCGCUGCUGGUGCCCCGGCCCUACCACAGCCUCAACGCCAUCACCGUGCUCCAGGCCAAGUGCCGCAACGGCUCGCUGCCCGCCCGGCCCGCGAGCCACCCCACGCCCUACUCCACCGACGCCCAGCGGGAGCCGGACGAGAACUCGGGCUUCAACCCCGACGAGAUCCUGUCGGUGGAGCCGCCGGCCUCGUCCACCACGGAUGCGUCUGCGGGGCCGGCCAUCAAGCUGCACCACGUGGCCUUCACCUCGGCCACGCUGGUGGUCACCAUCCCGCACCCCUACAGCAAGAUGUACGUCCUGGUCCAGUACAACAACAGCUACUUCUCCGACGUCAUGACGCUCAAGAACAAGAAGGAGAUCGUGACGCUGGACAAGCUGCGGGCGCACACCGAGUACACGUUCUGCGUGACCUCGCUGCGCAACAGCCGCCGCUUCAACCACACCUGCCUGACCUUCGCCACGCGGGACCCCGUCCCCGGCGACCUGGCGCCCAGCACCUCCACCACCACCCACUACAUCAUGACCAUCCUGGGCUGCCUCUUCGGCAUGGUCAUCGUGCUGGGCGCCGUCUACUACUGCCUGCGCAAACGGCGCAUGCAGGAGGAGAAGCAGAAGUCCGUCAAGGUCAAGAAGACCAUCCUGGAGAUGCGCUACGGGGCCGACGUGGAUGCCGGCUCCGUGGUCCACGCCGCCCAGAAGCUGGGCGAGCCCCCCGUGCUGCCCGUGCCCUGCAUGCCUUCCAUCCCCUCCGUGAUCGGGGAGAAGCUUCCCGCCCCCAAGGGGCUGGAGGCCGGGCUGGACACGCCCAAGGUGGCCACCAAGGGCAACUACAUCGAGGUGCGCACCGGCGCGGGCGGGGACGGCCUGGCGCGGCCCGAGGAUGACCUCCCGGACCUGGAGAACGGCCAGGGCUCGGCCGCCGAGAUCUCCACCAUCGCCAAGGAGGUGGACAAGGUCAACCAGAUCAUUAACAACUGCAUCGACGCCCUCAAGCUGGACGCGGCCUCGUUCCUCGGGGGAGGCGGCGGCGGCGGCGGGGACCCCGAGCUGGCCUUCGAGUGCCAGUCCCUCCCUGCGGCCGCCGCCGCCGCCGCCGCCGCCUCCUCGGCCGCCGCCCCCGGGGCGCUGGAGCGGCCCAGCUUCCUCUCGCCCCCCUACAAGGAGAGCGUGCACCACCCGCUACAGCGCCAGCUGAGCGCCGAUGCCGCCGUGGCGCGCAAGACCUGCAGCGUCUCGUCCAGCGGCUCCAUCAAGAGCGCCAAGGUCUUCAGCCUGGACGUGCCCGACCACCCGGCCGCCGCGGGGCUGGCCAAGGGCGACUCCAAGUACAUCGAGAAGGGCAGCCCCCUCAACAGCCCGCUGGACCGGCUCCCGCUGGUGCCCGCGGGCGGCGGCGGGGGCGGCGGGGGCGGCGGCGGCGGCGGGGGCGGCGGGGUCCAUCACCUGGAGGUGAAGCCCGCCUACCACUGCAGCGAGCACCGGCACAGCUUCCCGGCCCUGUACUACGAGGAGGGCGCCGACAGCCUGAGCCAGCGCGUGUCCUUCCUCAAGCCGCUGACCCGCUCCAAGCGGGACUCCGCCUACUCCCAGCUCUCCCCCAGACACUACUACUCAGGUUACUCCUCCAGCCCUGAGUACUCCUCCGAGAGCACGCACAAGAUCUGGGAGCGCUUCCGGCCCUACAAGAAGCACCACCGGGAGGAGGUGUACGUGGCCGCCGGCCACGCCCUGCGCAAGAAGGUCCAGUUCGCCAAGGACGAGGACCUGCACGACAUCCUCGAUUACUGGAAAGGGGUCUCGGCCCAGCAGAAGCUGUGA